AUGCAAAUCAAAGCCAUUGCCGUAGCCUUGGCUAUUACCCAGGCCGCUACAUUCACUAACGCCGCUGCCUCUACUGUCGCAGAUACAUACUGGAAAUCUUUCAAGUCCCCCGUUGAUCCCAACAACGUCGUUCUUCCCAGUAUCCCUCAAACCACCCUCCACGACGCUGUCAAGGAGUGCACAUACUACGAAACCCCUGCUUCUUUUAACUUUGAUCCCGCGGAAUGGCCUACUACCUGGGAAACUGCAACCUCCAAUGGUAUGAGCAAAUCCAAGGAAUUCCUCGAUUUGUACAACUCUCUGGAUUGGAAGUCAAUGCCUGAUAUCCCAGUUCGCAAGCUCGGAUCUAACGGUGCACCCGACAUGUCCAGCUAUGACAGCGCCAACGAUCCAGAUUGCUGGUGGUCCGCCACCACCUGUACCAAACCCAAGCAUGAGAACAUCAAUGCUGAUAUCUAUAACUGUCCCGAACCCCAAACCUGGGGUUUGACUUACGACGAUGGACCCAACUGCUCCCACAACGCUUUUUACGAUUUCCUCCAAGAAAAGAAGUUGAAGGCUUCCAUGUUCUACAGUGGAUCUAACGUCCUGAACUGGCCAUUGGGUGCUCUCCGUGGUAUCAAGGAUGGUCACCACAUUGCUGAUCACACCUGGUCUCAUCAAUUAAUGACUACUCUCACCAACGAAGAAGUCCUUGCCGAACUCUACUUUACCCAAAAGGCCAUCAAACUUACUACCGGUGUUACACCCAGAAUCUGGCGCCCUGCUUUUGGAGAUGUCGAUGAUCGUGUUAGAUGGAUUGCUACCCAGCUCGGUUUGACCACUGCUCUCUGGGAUCUUGACACUGAUGACUGGACCGCCGAUUCUCCUGAGACUCAAGCCGUAGUUGAGGCCACUUACGACAAGUACAUUAAGAUGGGUACCGAUGGAACCUAUGCAAAGUCUGGCAAUAUUGUCCUGACCCACGAAAUUGAUGGAAAGACCAUGGAACUUGCUAUGAAGUACUUGCCUAAGAUCCAGACUGCCUACAAGCAUGUUGUUGAUAUCGCCACCUGUGCCAGCAUUACAAACCCUUACUUUGAAGAUACCGUUGUUUUCCCCACCUUUGCUUCUUAUGUUGCUACUGGUGCCAAUGGUGGUCAGCCUUCCUCCGGUAACUCCUCUGUCACCCCCGCUAAGGGAUCUUCUGCUGCCAUCUCU